UGGGACCAACAGUCAAUCUCGUCGCGUUGAGAUUCGCGCUUUAUUUCAUUUAAUAUAGAAAAGUUUUUAAAAGUUUCGAUAACUUUGGGUUUAUCGUCGCAGGGCGUCUGUUUUAAAAGAUGGACGAGCAAAAUGGAUCCGUCGAUCCAGAAGCUGGCGGGUCACACUCAGAUAUGCUGGACCACAAAAACGGUCACUCGAAGAUAUUAAAGCGGUUGGAGACUGUUCCAGAUAUCAAGAGAGAUACGUCAGGAAUUACUACCCAAUACAUUGCGACCGGCAUAGUCAAUCUUGGAGCGUUUGCAGCUGGUGUCUGCGUCGCUUGGUCAUCAUCCGCACUGCCACUGUUCACGUCUGGACAAGUUGAGUUUCCGUCGGCGAGAUCUGAGGGCUUUUCAACCAAUGGCACACAUCCAAAACUCGUGCUUACAGAAUCAGAAGCUUCUUGGGUUGCGUCUCUUCUGUGUCUUGGUGCGUUUUGGGGCGCUGUACCUGCAGGGCUCAUCUCUGAACAUUUCGGCAGGAAGAAGACGUUGCUGUAUCUCGCUCUUCCGUUAGUUGUGUCAUGGAUCCUGGUUGCUUCUAGUCCAAAUGUCUAUGGCAUUUACGUCGGACGCUUUGUGGGUGGGAUGGCAGUCGGUGCCUUCAGCGUCGGAAUCCCUCCUUACAUUGAAGACAUCGCCGAGAAGCAUAUUCUACCAGCUCUAGUUAAUUACUACCACGUCCACUUCGCCUGUGGUGUUCUUUUUGGAUACAUUAUUGGUAUGGUUCAAAGUACGUCUUGGUUAUCAGUACUCUGUGCAAGUAUACCAGUUGCCUUUUUCAUAGCGUUUAUCUUUCUGCCCGAAUCACCUACCUAUCUUAUGUCACAAGGAAAACAGAGCGAAGCGAAAGCAGCUUUUAAAUAUUUUCGGGGAAUAGACAAUGACGUCGAUGCUGAAAUAAAAGUGUUGAAAGAACAAAUUAGAAGUUACGCCAAGAAUAGAGUAACAUUUAAAGAGCUGUUUAGCUCGAAAGCGACAUUGAAGGCUCUGUUCGUAUCUUUUGGAUUAAUGAUUUUCCAACAAAUGAGUGGCAUAUAUCCAGUUCUAUUCUACGCAGAGAACAUUUUUAAGACGUUCGCCAUUUCUUUGAAUCCACCCGGAGCUGCUAUUAUUAUGGGUUUCUGUUUGGUGUCUUCGACAUACUUCUCGACGAUGUUCUUGAAAAAAGUGAGACGACGCGUUUUACUUUUGAUAUCCUUUGCAGCUAUGGCAGUUAGUCUGGGAAGCUUGGCAAUUUAUUAUCAUCUGAAAGCAUCAAAUUUAUCCGAAAGCAAUACUUGGGUACCGCUUUUUACUCUUUGCAUAUUUGUUUCCGUUUACGCCGCCGGUGUAGGACCGAUACCUUGGCUGAUGCUUAGAGAAAUCUUUCCACCAAACGUAAGAAGACGUGCAACUGCAAUCACGGCUGGAUUUCAUUGGUUUUUGGCUUUUGGUGUGACGAAGUUAUACCAGAAUUUAGUGGAUAUGGUUAGGCCUGGUUGGACGUUAUGUCACUUUGCUGUGACUUGCGUCAUAGGAAUUAUGUUCGUAUAUUUCUUCGUCCCUGAAACAAUGGGGAGAUCAUUGGAAGAGAUACAAAACGAAUUUAACGGAAUACAUAAGAGAAGAAAACAUACGCAUGUUAUUGAAGUAGAAACAGCAUAAGAGUCUUAGUUUGAGUUAAUAAUUAUGUGACUAUACUUUAUUUAUUCAAAUAUAGUAUCAGUAUUUAAAAGAAAAUGAUAUAAAUUCGAACUUUUUGCAAAUCAUAAUUUACAUUUAAAAUGUAUUUUUUUUCUAUUCGGUUGCAUUUUAUUUUUAAACUGAUCGACAUAUUUUUUUAUUAUUUAAUUUAGGGGUUGCAGUGAAUUUAAAUAGAAGUGUGCAUGUAUUUAUUUAUAAA